GCCCACCCCAUUCCUCCGUCUGAAUCAUAACCAUGGACACUAGGAUGCUCAGAAAACGAAUUAGCGCUCUGGACAGGUCGAUUUCCAUCCUUCAAGACCAGCUGCGCGUGCUCGAAGCAGAGAAAGCGGACCUCGCGACCCAGCUCCGUCGAUCCACGUACCCAGUCGAAACCCUGCCUCCCGAGAUCACAGCCCAGAUCUUCGUGCACUACAUCGCUGCGCUGAAAGAGCCCACCAUAUGCCCUGCCUUGCUCGGAGUCUGCCGUACAUGGCGACAGGCCGCAUUGGGCACCCCGGGGCUGUGGACCAACAUCGUCACGCCCUCACAGCACCCGCAGCCGGACGUGCUGCUGCAGCGCUGGGUGGAGCGCACGGGGCCCCGAAUUCCCCUCGAUCUCUGCCUCCGCCUGCUCACGACGCGGCGGACGAUGGAGCUAGGGCUGGCGGUGCUGGGUGCGCACGCGUCGCGCUGGCGGCGCGUGUCACUGCGGAUACACAUGCCGUUGACGCUCAGCCUGACACUGGGCAGCGGAUACGGAUCAUGGGAGGGUCUGGAGGAGCUAGAAGUGUGCACUGGCCCAUACGGCGCGGCGGUGCCUGGCCCUGGGACGGGGCUGUUCCUCGCGCCGCGGCUGCGCCGGGUGCGCGUGGACGGGUACCCCGCGACGGAGCUCGUGCUGCCGUGGACUCAGAUCACGUCCCUGACGCUCCGCAUGCAGUCCCUCGCGGAGUGCCUCAUGGUCAUCUCGCAGACGCGCCAGCUGGAGGCGCUGCACGUGUCGCUGGCAGACCGGGACACCCACCACCGCCCGAUCUCGCUGGUGCUGCCUGCGCUGCGGCGGUUUAAGGUCAGGUGGGAUGGGGAGCCGUCGAUCCUCGAGUACAUGACCCUGCCACAGCUCACGGACCUUGACAUCGGAGUCCAUGUCGACGAGGUGAUCCCGCUUGUGACCCGUUCAGGGUGUACAAUCACCCACCUCCGCCUGUGGAACGUGGAAAUGGACGACGACUCCAUUUACGAGUGCCUCGGAGCUUUGCCGGGGGUAACGCACCUCGUGGUGGGGUGGACGGACAUGAAAUACUUCUCGAAAUUCUUGCGGAUCCUCGCUGCCGCUUCCUACCACACGGAAGACCCUCCAGUGAUACUGCUCCCCAUGCUGCAGUCCUUGGUAUUGGAGAAUUGCGAACCUGCCCUAGACCUUCAAAGCGUCCUGCUCUUACUCGACAUGCGCUGCAGACAGCGGGAGGGCUACGCGUUCCCCACGGCCCUGCUGCGAACCUUCCGUGCGACCUUUCGGGCAGAAGUAUACGACGCAGACAAUGACGAAGACGAGGAUGAGCAUAUCAAGGACUCGAUACUCGCCUUCAAAAAGCUGAUUCGCGAGGGGCUCUCGCUUCAACUCAAUAUGCCUCGGUACUGGCGAUCUAACGAGUUGAACUGGCAUAAGAUUGAGGAAUUGACACGGCUGGACUAAUACAUUACUCGACACCCCCUACAGUACGGGUAAUAGUAGCUUUUGUUUUGGGGUUCGAAAAAAUGGCUUGAACAGCUAUGUCAACCGUGACAUGGCUCGAACGAACGGGUAGUCAAAACAAUCGGCGUGAAAUUAGGGACAUUGCAGCCAAUGAUACGGUACGGUUCACAGGUUCGUUGAAAGAAGCAACAAGCAACAGUGCCAACAGCGAUGGUCCCAGACGAAGAGCGUCUGAGUACGGCAUGAUCAGGACCACGCCGGCAGGGAUACUGUAUCGAAACACAACCUCCGGCAUCCACACUCAUCCCUGGUGAUCCACCCGCUUCCCCUCGGAGUACAGCAACACAAGCAGGAAAAAGAGCCGGUCGUCUUCGUUCCUAACGAGCGGGCUCAGGCGCAGGACAGGCAGCGUCGUCUGCCCGAAGAUGGGGGACACGCAUGACUUCAGUUCCGCGAGGAUCUCGUUCUGCCCAUUGACGAUCUUUUUCACCGGUGCACGUGAGCGCGGUGGGCCAGAUGAAUGAAUCGAUACGGGAGACAAGCACGCACCGACCACGUAUCAGCCGAAUUCGAGUACCGCACGGUGUACUCCUCGCCCU